GACGAAGUACCGUUAGAGAUUCUACUCCAGUGCCUUUGGAAAGAGACAACAAUCGUUAUAGUUUAACCCCUAAAAUAGUUCGUUUUAGCUAUUCGUGGAAAAACUAUAAAUGCUUGCUUAGCUACCUUUGAAUAUCUCCUAGUAUCAAUGUCACGCUCGGCUUCCAGAAUUCGAGCCGAUAAAAGUCGUGCUGCUCCCGCACCUGUGCUUCCACCUCCACCCUCGCCAGACGACCAUGUUGACAGUGACAACAUUGCUCCAGGCCACCUCAGCAAAUCUGAAUGGAUGGAUAUGGUGGCACAGGAAGAGGGAGAGGAGGUGGUGGCUGAAGUUUUGGAUGAGCUAUUGUGCAAUGUGAUGAAGAAGUGCUACCAGGUUUACCUGCAAAGACAGCUGGUGCCGUUCACAGUGGCCUGGGCGCAGCAUUUCCUGGUUCACACAUUGGAAUGGCAGUUCCUGGUUCGGGAUGAAGGUGAGGGGCAUGACAGUGCCCCUGUCUGGGAGCAGGACAGCGAACCCCAGCCUGGUGACAUCGAUUCCUGGGCACAGGGCUGUGUACCUGUUGUAUAUUCCAGACCUACACCAAAAAAUAUCCUCUUACAGAGGUCAGUGGAGCUCCCUGUGGCAGAUUCUGUAAAUCCAGGUAGGCCACUGGCGAAGGAUGAGUCCCAAUCGGGCAGGAAAGAGGAGCACAAUGACAGGCACCCCUGCAGCGCGGACAGGACCCAGAAUGACUGUCAGACACUGAAAGCAGGAAUUCUGAUCCCCUGCCCGCCUUCCAAAAGAGAGAACAAGAAGAAGCAUCCUCUACCACACUGCACUGUAACACAGGCUCCCCACACUGGGACCUCCCCUUGCAUCUCUAGAGGGCCUGUUAGCCACUCACUUAGCACAGAGAAACACCCCAUCCCAAAGAACCCGGCCAUCUCUGUCUCCAAUCCCAAACGCGCCCAGAAACUCCCAGACCUCUCUGCAGUGAAGAGGCUUGACCCAGCUAGCCUCGUCCGGCACCAAGUCUGGCCUGCGUUUGAGGUUCUAGAGCCCAGUGUGUCACACCCCCGUGUCCCUCCCAUACCACACCAGAAACAGGGUAAGCAUAACGCCAAGCAGCCAGCAGCUCUCAAACCGCCGGCCCAUCCUCACAAGGUCCGCCGGAGGAGGACUGUAGAUGGAGCCCUUUGGGUUUCCUCCGGAAAGGCAGACCUCCAGGAUGUGGGCCAGCCCCAGGGCUCAAGGCCCAUCUCUGCCGGUCUUCUGCUGGACACCAUGGUGUUGUCCCCGGGAGUGUCCUUGAACCGUGGAGUCCAUACCAACACUUAUAAAAGGAGCCUGUCCCUGACGGGCCAAAGAGCAAGUCUGGAGCCCAUCAGAAGCAGCCUGCCGGCUCCUCUCUUUUCUACGGACCAGCUCACCUCAGGAUAAUCCCUAUGUGCUGCCUCUCACCCCAGCCCUGUCUGGACUCUGCUCCGUGAUACAGUGAUAGACUGGAGCCAUUACAUCAUACUGGUUUUGUCUUCCAUUCAGUACGGUACUAAUGGCUACAAAUGGUUUGCUUUUUUUGUUCACUAAUAUUUUUCUUAAUCAUGUUGCCCUAUUUUUUUUCAGAUGUUAUUUCAAGAAAGUAGUGAAAAUGACCAUAAACAAAGUAUAAUUUCUGAUUGGCUUUGGUAAUUAUCUUACAUGUUCACUUGUAUUACAAGUACAUUAUAUGAUGUUUUAUGUAUUCAUAAGAAACUUUACACUCGUUUGUGUACAACAGAAGAUUUUAAUUAUGAUACUGUAGAGGUUAAACAUCUUGCAUGUACUGUAUGAUUUUGUAUCACUCACAUAUUGUCUAAAUUGUAUUUGGUGAUUCAUUCAACGUUUUGACAAUGGAUACAAUGCUGAUACCAUCACUAUGUAAUCAAUGUAAUAAAAACGCUGAAGUUCAUUUACUCAGUUACAAAGUGCUUCACAAAAAUGUAAAACAUCACAAACUUUUAAAUGCACAAAAAACCCCAGUGUACCAUUCUAAUGUUUUACAUUUGCUGUUAUGCUGGCAGGAUACUUGUAAGAUGGUAUUGGGUGUGAACAGCUCUCUUUUUUUUAAAUGAAAGGUAUAAAUAACAGAUGAAUAAUAACUUUCAAAAAGUAUUUUCCCAUAUCAUCACCUAGCAGCCAGUAGUGUGCCUCUUGUGGGAAAUGCAAUGCAAAUUCAUUUUUUAAAUGCAGCUUUUGAUUGUACUAUUGCUUAAGCAAAGGUAAUACAUGCUGCACAUGUGAGAUAAAAUCUAAUAUUUUUGUACUUUAUUGUAUGUGUGCGUUUUUGUGCAUUUGGAGAGUAAAUAUUUGUCAGUGAUGCAGUAGAUAGCUACUAAGACGGACAAAUGCACCCUCCUACUAUAAAAAAGUUUUGUCCCAGUGUAUAUUUUAGACAUUAGUACAGUUUCAGUUUCUUUCAACAUGCAUAAUCAGUCAUUACCGCUCUGUACUUACCAGUGGAAGCACUAUUCCAUAGCAAUGUGGUGGCAGUCAUCAGUUUACUAAAAAGAACCACAAUUUGAUUUUACUGGUUACAUUCUGUUAACCGUGGACAGAAAAUGUACUACUAAAUGUAAUGUGAAAAUGUGAUGGCCUAAAACCCAACUCAAAUCACACAAAUAUAAGGCAUAUACUGUUUACAGAGAACUUUACAGACAUUUGCCAUCCAGCAUUGGCUAGUAUACUGUUGUGGAGUGGGGCCAGUGCUGUGCCUAUCCACAAGAUGGCAGUGUGGCCACUGCUUGAAGGCUUUUAGCAGCAUUAAGACCGCUGUGUUCUGAAAGGAGAGAUUUGUGGUCCU